GAAUCUUUCAGUAACUCUGUGGCCGUGAGUUGGAGUGGAGUGUUUACCCUUCCCUCUUUAAUUUUGAGCCUUAUUUGACCUCCCGCCACGCCCAGACUGUGAGGAACAAUGGAGUAACCCUGGCCGUCACCAACCCUCCAACGCACAGGUGACGGGGAGUGAGUGCGUGCGUGCGUGUAUGUGAGCGCGCAGCCAUACAGUGGCCGCCUCUCCCCUCUCCAGCCCUCCACCUGCCAGCUAUCCACCCAGCCACUCAACCAUCAUUAAGUGGAGUGAUAGAAAAAGUGCCAUAAGGAAUACAAACAAAAUUAAUUGAGACGAGUUUGUUUUGUUGUGUCUCGUGACUUUUUUGUUUUGGUUCGAGCGGCGACAAGUGCAUUAGUGACGGUUCGUGUCUGUGUUGCUGUGACAUUUUUUUUCUUUUUUUUUUCUGUGGUGGUGGUGGUAGUGGUAGUGGGAAUCGGACACACGCACGUACAUACACACACACGCAAGCACCAUGGCGACCACGUUUGACCCACACGACCGAGCCAGCUGGUACUUCGGUCAGAUGUCCCGCCAGGAUGCCACGGACCUGCUGAUGGCGGAGAAGGACAGUGGCGUCUUCCUGGUGCGGGAUUCUUCUACUAUUAUUGGAGACUUUGUGCUCUGCGUCAGGGAGGACACACGGGUCUCGCACUACAUCAUCAACAAGAUCCAGCAGGAGCAGGUGCGCUACAAGAUAGGAGACCAGAUGUUCCCUGACCUGGCGUCCCUGCUUAACUUCUACAAGCUUCACUACCUGGACAGCACGCCCCUCAUCAGGCCCGCCCCCAAGCGCUGCGAGAAGGUGGUGGCCAAAUACGACUUUGACGGAAAUGACCCAGAUGACUUGCCGUUCAGGAAAGGCGAGAUCCUCACUAUCGUCAGCAAGGAUGAGGAGCAAUGGUGGACUGCUCGGAACUCCACCAAUCAGACUGGCUCCAUACCUGUGCCCUAUGUACAGAAGUACGAGGAAGGCGAGAACAUCACGCCGCCCUCUACCAGAACUUCCGCCCAGUCCACAGACUCCGCACCUCGGCCAAGACCAAGCCUGCAGAGGAGGCUGCCAGCGUACGCCCGGGUGAGGCAGGCGCGGGUCCCCAACGCCUAUGACAAGACAGCAUUGCGGCUGGAGGUGGGGGACGUCAUCAAGGUUACCAGGAUGAACAUCAACGGGCAGUGGGAAGGGGAGCUCAAUGGAAAGGUCGGGCACUUCCCCUUCACCCACGUUGAGUUCAUAGAAAGUGAAAACUCGGUGGACGGAGAACCGAAUUAAGACCCCGACUUGCCCCUGUGCAUCCCUCGCCCUUCCCUCUCCUAUUCCCUCCCCAACUUCCCCAGUCCCCAUCACCUUAGGUCUUCCCUUCACCUUAGGUACUCCCAUCACCUCCAGUCUCCAGCCCCUCCCUAGAUUAUUUUAUUUUCUUAGGUGUAGUGCGAGUGAGAGCGAUUUUACUGUAUAUGGUUUUAAUCACGGCACAGAGAGGUUGUGCAAGUGUUAGUGAGGCUGUGCAGUGCGGUUUUUAUGGGUUUUCUUGCGAGAUUAAUAAAAUGCAAUAAUGUAUUCAGAGCAGAGGUGAAGGCUGCAGGCUGAGGCAUGUUGGGAGCUGCCUUGCCAUCCUCCCAUGCCUCCCUACCACCCUGCAGCCGACCCCCCUGACUCUCUAGCCACCCUUCCACCCUCCCCUGCCACCUCUAACACUUUUUAAGACAUAGAAUCAAACCUGCUGCCUUGACCACACCUGUCUCCUACACCUGCCUGUGGUGCACUGUGUUCCUGGCAGUGUUGUCCCAGGGUGCUGGAAGACAGUCUGAGCCAAAUUAGGGAUAAAUUGGCUACAGAUUUUAUUAUACAUACACUAAUAUAACCUUCCUGUACACAGUUAUACUAAAUUUUAAAAGUGAAUAUUUCUCCCCCUCCUCUACACUGCAAAUGUCACUAUAGUUUAUAUUGUACCAACACUAAUACUGUACAAUGCUCAUGAAUUUCCACAAGGAAAAUUUUUGAACUCCCCUUUAAAAAUUCCUAAAGGUUUUUCUCUCCCCUUUACUGCAAAACCCCCUCACCACUACCCAUUGUAUAGAGCAAUUUAUUUAGCGAUAAGAAGUGACACCAGAGAGAGAGUCACAUACAGGCUAGUGAGACUGAAACACCCUGUGGCGUUCCUCCCAAGGCCGCCUUCCUGGCCAGGGACCGACCACUACACCCACUCUUCACAAUGACUGACUGUCUAGCAAGUUGCUCUCUCCUCUCCUGUGGUUUGUGAUGCGUUGUGAAUCAAUAAAGCAGAGCACAACACUUGUGUAUCGACCCUGGCAGGACUGACCCCCCUUCACCCCUCACCCGGUGCACUUGGAGAGGUGACACCACAACACCACUCGGCUUCCUCCCCCUCUCCCUCUCUCUUGGUUUGUGACGAGUUGUGAAUAUAAAGCACAAAACUGUAUCGACCCUGGCAGGACUGACCACCCCCUGACCUGGCGUGCUUGGAGAGGUGACAGCGUGACACCACCUCCCCUCUUCUCCCUCUCUUCUCCUGUGGUUUGUGAUGAGUUGUGAACCUGAAGCAGAGCACAAAGCUGCCUAUCGACCUGGCAUGACUGACCACCGCCUGUCCUGCCCUCCUCCCCUUCCACUUGUUGUGCUCGGAGAAGUGAUAACACUCAUUUCUUCUCUGUGGGAUGGACGGUUUGGCUGCACAAAACUUAUGCUCUUUCCAAUUCCUGUAAAAAAAUAAAGAAACGAUAGUGAAUAUACACACAACUGCCUUUUAAUGUAUUUUUUUAGGUCAGAUUACCUUCAGCAAGAGGGUAAAAGGUUUAAAAAUUGUGGUAGAGUUGUGUGGGAGUGAGUGACCCCCCUCCUCUGGUGCAGCCGUGGCAGGUCUGAGGCGACUGUGCUGCAGUGGCCAGAGAAGGGGGAGGUGAUGUGUGCCUCAGCAGUCUGUCUGUCUGUGUGGCUCAACCCUUUGCUGUGGUGGCGUGGCGAGGUGCACACCCAAGCCAAAUGUUCUCGCACCGUACAUAUUUUGAUGUUAAGGUAAUGUCUUGUUUAGUAUGCAGAUGUAUCAUAUGCCAAUAAAACAAACAAUUCGUGCA